AUGGCACUAAUACAAGUCUACCAAAACCAUUACAUUAUUUCCGCGUCAGCACAUUUUAUGCAGUUUGUUUUAUUCAGAUGGCCAGGGAGCACUUACGAUAGCUUCAUUUUCACUAACAGUGGGAUUGGACAGCAUUUUGAAGGUACGGAUGCAGAGGAUAUUCCAGGAUUCCUCCUGGGAGAUUCCUGUUAUCCUCUCCACCCAUAUCUUAUGACUCCUAAAGCCAACCCUCAAACAGACCCUGAAAUUAAAUACAACAGGGCACAUAUAUCAACAAGGAACACCAUCGAGAGGGCCCUUGGUGUUUUAAAAAGCAGGAGGAGGUGUCUGGACAGAUCAGGGGGCAGCCUACAAUACUCCACAGAUGUGGCCUGUAAUAUCAUUAUGGCUUGUUUCAGGUUGAAGAACUUAUGCAUUCGCGCUGGACUCCCAUUACCAGGGGAUGUCCAGCAGUUGGAGCCUGAUGAGCUGCUCCCCCACCUUGGCAAAGACUGUCCAGAUGGGUUAUAA